GCGAAGCCUUCGACGACUGGCGCCACUUCCAGGCCCGACUGCGCCUUGCCACGGGCGCGGAGGCGGAGGCGCUGCUGGCGCGGCACUGGCCGUCCCUUGACUUUGGCAAUUUCAUCGACGUGCUGUCAGAGCCACGGCGCCAACACGGAGAUUACUGCGUCUAUGGAGUGGUUGCAGCGCUUCAAGUGCGCGGCCGAGAGCUACUGGCCAUGGGUGACAAGGCCGGUGCAAUCGCAGACUGGGAGAUGGCCUUGCAACUCUUGGGCAAGGAGCUGGGGCUCGACUUCUUGGAGUCCACGGGCUGGCCUCGCUCGGGGGAGAUCCUGCAGAGUUUGGCAGAGGCGCAAGGCAUCUUUGAGUGGCCGGCGCAGCCGGUCCCGCAGCGCGCGGUGGUUGGCCUGGUCUCCUGGCCCGCCACGAAAGUGCCGAAGGCCAAACCGCGAGUGGUCAUCUACGGGUACCACCCGGUGCUCAUUGAGCCGGUGGCGGCGUUGCAGGCGGAGCUGCUGUGGUUCGGCGUGAGCCCUCGGGACUGCGCCUUCUUCGGGGUGCUGUGCCACCAGCGCAGAGAGGCGAAGCGCGCGGUGCGCGCCAAGCUCAGAUUCUUGACCUACAGCUCAGAGGCCGACGAGAAGGAGGUAGAAGCCGCCUACAAGGCCUUCUGGGAAGCCGAGAACUUGCGGGCGGACCUGGUGCUGGCCAUGGAACUGAGGGACGCCUAUUUCCUCUGGAAGGUGGCGCAGGUGGCCACGAUUUACUACCCGGCGAUGAUCUUUAUGCAGGACGAG